AACAAUUCUCAUUUGUUUUAGGUGAGAUUUGUAAUUCACAUCACAUAGGUGGCAUCACUCUAAACACCCGCAAUAUCCCCAGCAGUUUUCAUUUCAGUAGAAGUGUCGUGUGUGAAAGUGCAACAAAAUCAGCACCAUGGCUACAUGCUUCCGAGUACCCAUAUCCAUGCCAACUUCCAUGCCCGCUUCAUCUACUCGUUUCACUCCAACAAGAUUGAGAACUCUCAGAACCGUUAACGCAAUAUCCAAAUCCAAGAUUCCUUUCAACCCUAACGACCCAUUUCUCUCCAAACUCGCUUCUGUCGCUGAAUCUUCCCCCGAAACACUUUUUAACCCUUCUUCUUCUCCUGAUAAUCUUCCUUUUUUGGAUAUUUUCGAUUCCCCUCAACUAAUGGCCACUCCCGCUCAACUUGAAAGGUCUGCUUCAUACAGCCAACAACGACGACCCAAAAGACCACCUCCUGACUUGCCAUCACUUCUGCUUAACGGUCGAAUUGUUUACAUUGGCAUGCCUUUGGUGCCGGCUGUCACGGAGCUUGUUAUUGCAGAGCUUAUGUUCCUGCAGUGGAUGGCUCCUAAAGAACCAAUAUAUAUUUACAUCAAUUCCACCGGGACUACGCGGGCGGAUGGAGAAACGGUGGCGAUGGAGUCAGAAGGUUUUGCCAUUUAUGAUGCAAUGAUGCAGAUGAAAACUGAGCAGAUAAACACAGUUGCUCUUGGAGCUGCUGUAGGUCAAGCCUGUCUAUUACUUUCAGCAGGGACUAAAGGUAGACGCUAUAUGACGCCACAUGCAAAAGCCAUGAUUCAGCAGCCUCGUGUUCCAUCAUCUGGGUUGAGACCUGCAAGUGAUGUUCUUAUUCAUGCCAAGGAGGUGAUGGUAAACAGGGACACUCUAGUUAAACUAUUGGCCAAACAUACAGAAAAUUCCGAGGAGACAGUUUCCAAUGUGAUGAAGAGGUCAUAUUACAUGGACGCAUUAUUGGCUAAGGAAUUUGGGGUCAUUGACAAAAUUCUUUGGCGCGGUCAGGAGAAGAUUAUGGCAGACGUUCCUUCUCGGGAUGAUCGGGAAAACGGCACUGCUGGUGCUAAAGUUGAAAAUAGAUUUUAGUUUCUCUUUUGGAUACACAUCAUGCGAAUGUUACAGACGUUCUGGGCCCUAAUACCAGUGUUGGAGGUUUCUGUUUAUCUUUUACUUUUUAAACAUUUUUAAAAAUCAAGGGCUCAUAGGAAUUUUCCGCAGCUAUUCACUGAAAAGUGAAAACUGUAGUUAUUAUGAAAGCUGUAGUGCAUAGAAGGCAUGGAUGAUUGAACAAAAAAACAAUGUGCUCGUUCCUCUAUGCGGUCAUAUAGUGUUUGGUUUGUUUAUGAUCAUAUUCUUGUUGUGUUGUCAAUUAUAUUCUUUUCUUAGCAGGAGA